AUGACACGCGUUCUAGUAUGUAUCGGAGGAAAAGAAUAGGAGCAACAUCGGACAAUUCAUCUUCUUUUUUCUUUGAAACAAUGAGCCUCUUUGUCGAUUUUCAUUAAAGAAACCACCAUCAAGUUUUACAAAGGUUAUAGCAAAACAGGGAAACACACCCAACUACAAGUGAACAACAAACCAGCAAUUCAGUCCAAAAAAAAAAAAAACCAGCAACUAAACCUAAACCCAUGGCAAUAUUCGUCUAAACAGCAGACGACCGCCAGAUUAGCUCCUGGCGAACGUGACGAACCUUAUCCUCGGAAUACAUGGCUACUAUGCUGUGCAUACCUGAACCCAUGGAGAACCGAACAAGAUUCCACCAAGGUGGAAAGGGUCCGCCAUGGCAAUGGCAUUGCAGCUCGCCAUCCAAUCACUCGCCGCAAGCCUCUCCCGCUCUCCUAACAAACCCGCCACCAAGCCCCCGAGCAAUGGCCACCACCACCCGCAGGAACCAACCGGCAGCAGCAGCUGCAGCGGCAGAAGGAGCCUAGCGGCGGCGGCAGCGGCGACCGGCGCGGCGCUCCUCGCGUCCCAGCUGCUGCCGCCGACGGCGGGCAUCGCAGGCGCGUUCGACCUCGACCUCCGGAUCACCAUCCCGGAGCAGUCGAGCGAGGAGGCCGAGGCCGUGGUGAGGACGCACGCGAGGAACCUGGUGCGCGUCAAGCAGUUCAUUGACGCCAGGUCGUGGCGGGAGCUGCAGACGGCGCUGCGGGCCAGCGCCGCCAACCUCAAGCAGGACCUGUACGCCAUCAUCCAGGCGAGGCCGCCGGGCCAGCGCCCCGAGCUCCGGAGGCUCUACUCCGACCUCUUCAACAACGUCAGCAGACUGGACUAUGCGGCCAGAGACAAGGAUGAGCUCCAGGUGCAGGAAUGCUACGGCAACAUUGUGGCCGCCAUUGACCAGAUUUUUGCCAGAAUCAUGUAGUUUUUGCACUGGCUCUAUCGUCUAGGAUAGAGGGGGAGAUUGGGUAAAACCAGACAUCCGGAUUUACGUUUGCAUACAAGGAGAAGCAAAUUAAUAGUGACCGGCAAAAAGGCUUUUCUUUUGCUAUGUAGCUAAUUCUUAUUA